AUGUCAGGAACCUCAUGGAAAAUAGUAAAACGUAAACAGUGGAUGAAUGCAGUGAAAAAUUACGUAGAAAAUCCAAAAGACUGGGUACCAAAUAAGUAUACGAGGAUUUGUAGUACCCAGUUCGUAAAUAAUGAAAAAUCAGAGCAUCUGUUACAUCCAUUUUAUGUUCCUUCGAUUUUUCCUGGACGUGAAAAUAUAAAAAGAAUUAAUCAAUCCUUAGAACGCUUCCAACGAGUCAGAAAUCAUGAAAUAAACACAGUCCACAUCAAUAAAUAUAUUGUGAGUGAAAAAAAAAGAAAUAACAUAAACAUUGAUAAUACGAUAGACACAGUAAUAGAGCAAGGUGAUGAAGAACAUGCAAGGAGUAUUGAAGAACAUCAGAUUGAUAUUCAUGUUAAAACUGUUACGGUGAAGCCUGUGCAACGGAGCAUAAGUCGUCAAACAGAAAUAGUCACAGACGGAGGUUAUGAGGAUUUGCCAUAUCUUUUUUAUAAUCUUAACUAUCAUAACGAUCCAAGCAUGGCAGCAGUACAGAUGCGUACUUACUAA